CUACAAAGAGCGGCUCAGUGUAUUUGCCCUCAUUUUCGGUAUCGAACACAGCAGCGCAGUUCCCACCUACGCAUCCCUCCCUCCGCUCCUGUUUCCGCGGCGCAGGAGCGGCUUUGAUCCCGGAGGAGGGCGGGAGGACUCUGCUCCCGCGCGGCUUCCCGCGGAUGUGAGGUACCGGAUGGUGCGCGCUGGCGGCGCCGGGCAGCACGUGUGGCGGCAGCGAUGGAUGCGCUGGACCGGGUGGUAAAGCCUAAAACUAAGCGAGCAAAAAGAUUUCUUGAGAAGAGAGAGCCCAAGCUUAAAGAAAACACCAAAAAUGCUAUGCUUAUAAAAGGAGGAAAUGCAAACUUAACAGUGACUGAAGUGCUUAAAGACAUUUAUGCUGUGAAGAAGCCUUUUGCUGUACUGUAUAAAAAGAAAAAUAUUACCAGGCCUUUUGAGGAUCAAACAUCAUUGGAAUUUUUUUCUAAGAAAUCGGAUUGUUCUUUGUUUAUGUUUGGCUCUCAUAACAAGAAGCGACCUAACAACUUGAUAAUAGGCCGCAUGUUUGACUAUCAUGUCCUAGACAUGAUUGAACUGGGCAUUGAGAAGUUUGUAUCCCUAAAAGAUAUCAAGAACAGCAAAUGUCCUGAGGGAACAAAACCUAUGUUGAUAUUUGCUGGUGACGUGUUUGAUGUAAACGAAGAAUACAGAAGACUGAAGAGCCUUCUUAUUGAUUUCUUCAGAGGUCCUAGUGUGCCCAGUAUUCGUCUGGCUGGUUUAGAGUACGUUCUGCAUUUCACAGCUGUGGAUGGGAAAAUUUACAUGCGAAGCUAUAAGGUGCUUCUGAAGAAAUCUGGCUGUAAAAUACCAAGAAUUGAACUGGAAGAGAUGGGACCUUCAUUAGAUCUUGUUAUGAGGAGGACGCAUUUAGCCUCAGAUGACCAUUAUAAAAAGUCUUUAAAACAACCAAAAGCCCUGAAGCCUAAGAAGAAAAAGAAUAUCUCCCAUGAUGUGUUUGGUACAACUUAUGGUCGAAUCCACAUGCAGAAGCAAGAUCUUGGUAAACUGCAGACGCGGAAAAUGAAAGGGUUAAGAAAAAGGCCAGCAGAGAAGUCAGCUGAAGAUAGUGGGAUUAGUCCCAAAAAGUCAAAACCAAUUUGAUAGUCUGGAACAGGUUUGAAACUCUUUGUACCUUCAGGUUUAUUAUUGUACUAUAAAUGUGUUGGACAUAAAAGAUUCAGCUGCUGUUAGCUUUAGUUUUACAAAAAACAUUUUUCAUGGAUUUUUCAUUUUAGAGGGAACGUGGGGUAUUGACCUUUAACACAGAACUUGGUUAUUUAAAAUAAAAAAUAUGGUGUAACUCAGUCUUCCCAAGCUGAGUAUUUAUUCUCUUGGUAUCAGCAAACAUAUGGUAGUCAAACAGGUGACUCAUUUCCCAAACAUUUUUAUGGCUAUUUUGUUGGAACCCCUGAUCAAUCAACUCAUCUUAUAAAUUCUGCGCAAGACCAGAGUCGUGUAUAUGUAUAAUACACACAAUACAACUUUUCUGUUGAUUUAUUGUUUAUGUAUUUCAGUUUUUUUACAACUGCAAUACUCAAUAAGCCAUUUUUUUGAAGUGCAAACUCAUAACACAUGUCUGAUGCCAGAUUGUUUUUAACUAUCGCACCAAGCCCUACUUGACACUUGCGGAAUCGGGAGCGAUUAGGGUGGUUUUACUGUGUUUAUCACCAUGGUAGCAAAGUACCUAACGUUUGCUUUGUGCGUAAAGGAAACCUUUACAGUUUGAAUUUCAAUCUUUGAUGCUUGAUUUGUGUGCAGAAUGGACGUAUGUGAAGCAACCACGAAAGGUACAAGUCGUCUUACCCUGCUUUCCGCCUAAGUUGGUGCUCAUGAGUUUGUGCAAGACUCAGUUAAAGCCUUGGGUAAAGGCGUGAGAGUUUAAGAGCUUAGUGAGACUUCAAUGCGAUGUUCUGUGUUUUGGAACAUAUUGAAAAACCUUGCUUUUUUUUUUUCUGCUUGUCUCUUUGGAAGCUAUUGCUCUGCCCUUGAGCAUAAUUAUGAUAAAUGUGCACACACUUUAUCAUUAGCGCAGCAACUUGCUCAUCCUAGCUAUGAUUUUAAUACUUCAUCUUUUUUUGUUUGUUUUCUCAGCAUAGGCUGAAGUGUCAUGUUAGAAAUAGGCGGUUUGUUGUUUUUACUUGUCUUCUGUCUCCUGGAUGGAAGCUGUUGGGCUGCGUUGCUCUUUUUGUGUGAGAGCUGAGCCACAGCUGUGGCCGUGUAAAUGCCACACACGAUGUUCUUGCUGUGCUGUUUUGAUAAAACUUGUACUGUGAAAAAGAACGGGCUUUGAAAGUUCAGGGUCCAUUUGAAGGCACAAACAUAUGUUUAUCUUCAAUAUAGUACCUAAAAAUAUUUUUUUUUAAUCAUUGCACAAAAUGCACAUCUCUCUCUAGAUGCUUUUCCCUGUUCUGUAACCGUGUAUUUGAGAAAUGGAUAAAUCCAAAAGCUACUUCAGAUUCGUAUUUCCCCAGCAUAUUUCUGAAAUAUAAACAGAGUUGAUUGAAAGCCGCAUUUGGUAACAGCUGUAGAAGAAUUGUACUGAUGGACAUGCUUUCUUCGACAAACUUCGAGUCAAUAAUCAAUUUGGAAACUAAUUUUUGUUGUUUACUUCUAUGAAAAACAGUUUUUAAUAUAGACUAACAUCCUGUUAUAUCUUCAUGCAAAAAGUGAGACAGUUAUUCAGUAGUAAUCCUUUGGUUUUAUUUAAUACUGCUGCUGGUUUGCUCCUUGAUGUAGUGGAAGCUCACAUGGGCGACGGUUGCUGCACCUACUGAGAGUGUUGUGAGCCCCUGCGGUUACUGCUCGGCUUCAGAGAGAUGCAAAAAGCACAGGGAGUCAGUCAGCGAGGAGAACGCGAGUGCAUUUAUUCACCCUUUGCAGGGUCUGUCGUCUUUGCUGACUUAAGAGUGGAACCUGAAGUGCCUGGUGUCCCCUGCCUGUGGCUCUUGGUGUAAACACCUAUUUGUUCUUAAGUUUUGUACUGGUGAAAUACAGCCUUGUGGUGGAGAGAAUGCAUCAGAUGUGUGAAGCAAGGAGAAAUUCACCUGGAUAUGGUGUAAGGAUAUUUAGGCUAUGCUUUUUCAUAAUAAUAACUUUCAAGUUGUGUUGUUAGCAAGGAUUAAAAUCCAUUCCUAAUAAACAAUUUUUACCACUCAUAGUGGUGCUGUUUAGGUGCAAACUCUGGGCGGGAGGUUCAUUUUGUUCUUAUGGUGGAAACGAACCGUUCUGAUCUCUGUAUGAUGGGAUAGGAUGAAGCCAAAUGAGCAAUUGCAUUCACCGGAUUUCUUUCAGAGAAGUUCCAGCCUUGCCGUGAAGCAAUGAUUAAGCCACAAGUGGUGGCUAACAUGAUUUUAGAUGUACAGCACGUACAACUGCACCUCGGCAAGGUAGGCAAUUGCUACAUUUUAAAUAUCUGAUUUAACUCAAGGUAAAUGGAGAUAGGAGGGAUAAAUAUAAACUUUCU